CACAGAACUCCUUUGGAUAUUCAACAGAGACAAGAGAAACGCAAAACAAAAUGCAGACUCAAACACACACCACCACAGACCGACAUGGCUAUAGCCUGCGCUUUUCGCCUUUCGAGGCGAACUACUUGCUGCUGGCCACCAGCCAAUUGUACGGUCUUGCGGGCGGUGGCUCUCUCUUUUUGCUGGAACAGAACGCGACCACUGCAGAUGGCCAGAGCCUGGGGGAACUGUGCCGUCUGGAGUGGUCCGAUGGCCUGUUCGACGUCGCCUGGUGUCCCUAUGCGCCCGACAUCGCGGCCACUGCCUCCGGUGAUGGCUCCUUGCAGAUCUGGUGCGGCCUGGACGCGGAGUCGGCGACGGGACAGCAGACGCCGAAGCAGCCGCUGAUCUGCCUGCAGGAGCACAAGAACGAGGUGUACAGCCUGGACUGGGGCGAGAAGUGGAACUACCACACGCUGCUCUCGGCCAGCUGGGACUGCACCUUGAAGCUGUGGGACUGCAACCGGCAGCACUCGAUCACCACCUUCGUGGGCCACCACGACCUGAUCUACGGCGCCAAGUUCUCGCCAUUGAUUGCCAAUCUGUUUGCUAGCGUAAGUACCGAUGGACACCUUAACUUAUGGAAUUCUCUUGAUUUUGCAGGUAAACCCCUGAUGAGCAUCGAGGCCCAUGCCAGCGAGGCACUCUCCUGCGACUGGUCGCACUUCGAUAGGAAUGUUUUGGUGACGGGAGGAUCUGAUGGCCUAAUCCGUGGAUGGGAUCUGCGCAAGAUGAGGACACCGGUCUUUGAGCUGUACUCCGGGGAGUUUGCUGUCCGGCGAUUGGCCUGUUCACCGCACUCGAGCGCGGUUUUGGCAUCGGCCAACUAUGAUUUUACCACAAGGAUUUGGAAUCUGGAACGUGGAGAAUCCGCCCAGGAGAUCAAUGCCCAUCACACAGAGUUUGUGUGCGGUUUGGACUGGAAUCCACAUCGGGCUCAUCAGCUGGCCGACUGCGGCUGGGAUUCCUUGGCCACUGUUUAUACGCCUCAGUGCCUGAUGGGUGAGCUGGCCUAG